AUGCCUGUCCACCCCGCGCAGGAGCCUUCCCAGCUCCCCACCACCCUCGACCACCCCGACGAUCCGACAGCGCCCGGCAGCAUCCCCGACGACCCGCCCACCCCCACCAACCCCUCGACCCUAGCGCCCAGGAGGCCGCAGCCCACGUCCUCGCGCCAGCGCCCCGUGUCCAUGCCGCCCCAGGCCUUCGCCGCCCCGCCCCCGCCGUCCGCCGCCACCACCGCCGAUGGCCAGCGCGACCGCGACACCGCGAGCAAGCCCCGGCGGGAGAGCUCCAGCACCAAGCCCCGCAGCUCGAACCGCAUCUUGGGCGACUACACCCUCAGCAAGUCGCUCGGCGCGGGCAGCAUGGGCAAGGUCAAGCUGGCCACGCACAACGUCACUGGUGAAAAGUACGCCGUGAAAAUCCUGCCCCGCACCGUCCCCAACGCCUCCUCCAACUCUCACCAAACACCCGAACAAGCCGCCAAGCAGGCGAACAAGGACGCCAGCAAGGAGAUCCGCACCCUGCGCGAGGCGGCGCUGUCCAUGCUCUUACAUCAUCCGUACAUAUGCGGCAUGAGGGAGAUGAUUGUCCAUACCCACCACUACUACAUGGUCACCGAAUACGUCAACGGCGGCCAGAUGCUCGACUACAUCAUCAGCCAUGGCCGACUAAGGGAGAGGGUAGCGAGGAAGUUUGCGAGGCAGAUCGGGAGCGCAUUGGAGUAUCUCCAUCGGAACAACGUCGUACAUCGAGACCUCAAAAUCGAGAACAUCCUCAUCUCCCAGUCGGGCAACAUCAAGCUCAUCGACUUUGGCCUCUCCAAUCUCUACAAUCCCUCCGACCACCUAUCUACGUUCUGCGGCUCUCUAUACUUUGCCGCCCCCGAGCUCCUCAAUGCCAAGCUCUACACCGGCCCCGAGGUCGACGUAUGGAGCUUUGGCGUCGUUCUUUACGUCCUCGUGUGUGGCAAAGUGCCGUUCGACGACCAAAGCAUGCCGGCACUCCAUGCUAAAAUCAAACGAGGAUUGGUGGAAUAUCCCGUAUGGCUGUCCGCCGAAUGCAAACAUAUCCUGUCCCGGAUGCUCGUGACUAAUCCUGCCGCUCGGGCGCUGCUGACGGAGGUCCUCAACCACCCGUGGAUGACGCGCGGUUUCACGGGGCCGCCCGACCCGCACCUCGUCAAGCGCGAACCGCUGCGUGUCGAAGACAUCGACCGUGAGGUGAUCCGCGGCAUGAGCGGUUUCGAGUUCGGCACCGAGGAGGACAUUGAGCGCCGGCUGAUCGAGGUGCUCGAAUCCGACGCGUACUACCGCUGCCUGCAGGCGUGGGAACGCCGGCGUAACAACUUGAACGGCGUUGGCAACGGGCGAAACGGCGUCUGGGGCAGUGGCUCGUUCAGCAACUCGAGCCUCACCGCCUACGACUCGGGGAGCGAGCGCACGGCGGCGGAGCACAUACCGCGGAGCGCGAGCCGGCAGAGCAAGAAGCGGUUCUCUAUGGGCUUUGACUGGUACAAGAAGAAGCUGUUCUCUCCGACGUCGAGCCCGCCCGGGAGCCCGCUGUCGACCAGCCCGCCCAACUCGCAGACGCACCUCUCGCUCAAUUCGCUCGGCGAGCAGCCGCUUGACCCAACGGCCGGCUUCCACCCGCUGAUCUCGAUCUACUUCCUCGCGCGGGAGAAGAUGGAGCGCGAGAAGGUGUACGGCCCCGGCAUCUUUGCGAGCUCGCAGCUGUCGCUCGAGGGUGCGCACUCCUCGCCAAACGGCGAGGACGUGCCGACGAUCAACGCCAAGGGGGUGUCCCAGCCGGCCGCGAUCAACGCCGCGUCGUCGAAGAAAGACCCCGUCCCGGGCAAGCCCGACUACAGCAUGCCGCUCCCCCGCCUCCCCGCGCCCGCCAGCACGCAUUACUCGGAGCGCUCGUACGACGCUGCGCAAGCUUCGCCCUCGCCCACCGGCGGUAACUUUGGCCCCCAACCCCGGCCUCGCGCCGACGCGAACGCGCUCGCCAUCCCCAAGCGUGGUGAUGUCGCCACCGGCGGUACGCUGCCCCGUAGUGCGCCGAGCUCGCCGAGUUCUCCGGCUAACGCGAUCGUAGCGCCGAUCCCGCAGGCGGUGACGAACAGCAAGACGCACAGGCGCAGCCAGAGCCUGAGCCAAAGGCCGGCUGCGUCGCAGACGCCGCCUCUGACGAGCGGCUGGACCCGCCUGUUUGGCGGGCAGGGUAUCGUGAACGAGCACGGCAUUGUCGAGAAGGAGGCGCCGCCGUAUCGCGAGCCGCCGCGCACGGCUGGCCCCGAGACGACGUCCUUCGGCGAAAAGGAGGCAUCGCUGACGCCGAAACCUUCUCACACCGCCGACGAAGACUAUCCUCAGGCGCCGAUGUCGGCGGGCGCCACCCUCGUGCGCAAGUUUGGCAGCCUGCUGGUUGGCAAUCGCGACGGGUCGGUCCGGGGUGGAACGACCGGUAAGCGAGCGAGCAUCGCUGUGCACAGGCCGUCGGCCGACCCCCAGAUGAGGGAAAAGGACGAAGCUGCGGGAUCUGGACGGCAACCGGUGAUUGACGAGGAUGCCGAGAAGGUCAAGAAGAGCUACGACGAGCAACGGGCGAGCCACGAAAAGCCCUUGUCGCCGCAGCGCAUCUCGACCAGCCAGAGCCAGCCCGUGGGCACCGCGCACCGUCGCGCGGCGACCAUCCUCGACCCGGCCUCGAAGCGGCACGAGCGGAGAAGCAGCACGAGUGCGGCGUUCCUCUCUGGCGGCACCAUUGGAAGGCAUCGCAGGCCAUCUACUGGCUUUUCGCAUGGCACCGCGAGGCCGAACAAGGAGCCAUUUGGGCGGAUGGAAGAGGAGCCGGAGGGUAUGGAGGAAGAAGCGCAGCCGCCUACCGACACGGAAGCUGGGGCGCUGAGCGAGGGAGAGAUCAAAGAGGCGAAACCGGUGUUCCUCAAGGGUCUGUUCAGCGUGGCGACGACGUCGACGAAGUCGCCUGCGGUCCUCAAGUCCGAUAUCCGGAAGGUGCUGGAUCGGAUGCAGAUCAGGUAUCGCGAGACGAGGACGGGCUUCGAGUGCAUACAUCUGCCCUCUAUAGACAUCUCCUCGAUAAACCCACAACCCAAAACGCCGAGGCGGAAGCAGCACCGCCGCGACGGCUCGUCGAGCUCGGCCGAGACGGGUGGCACCAAAUCCAUCGCAAGGAAGGCCUCCAAGUUGUCGUUUGGAAUGAAGAGCGGCAAGGAGUCCGCGAAGGAUGCUGACGCUGCGUCGACGACGACAGCGAAGGAGAACAAGCCGUCGUCCGAGCGGCCGUCGACGGGCGGGAGUCUCAACGGCACCGGCGGUCAGCACCACCCCCUCACCCCGACGCCCAGCAGCGGCUCAUCCUCGUUCUUCAAUGUCCCAUCAGCUGCCGCGCAGAACCCGCCUCCCCCUCCUCCGGCGGCCGAAGAGGGCGCUGCGAACGGCGUGAACGGCGCAUCGCACGCCAACUCGGAGCUUACGCCGACGCCGACGCCGCGCUCGGCAUCUCCCGAGAACCAGAAAAUCCUCCCGCCGAUCCCGCGCGACUUUGCGACGAGCCCGCAGCCGACGUUCAGGACGGUGACGCCGACGCCGACGAUUCCGAAUACCACGGCUGGCGAGCUGGACUUUGACGCGAUCGGCACGAGCUCGAUGGCGGUUCGGUUUGACAUCAAUAUUGUCAAGGUGCCGAUGCUUCCGUUGCACGGUAUUCAGUUCCGUCGUGCGGGAGGCGACGGCUGGCAGUACCACAUGCUCGCCCGUCGCGUACUGACCGAGCUGAAGCUAUAG